AAGUUCGCAUGGUAAGAAAAAUAGGGCAAAGUACAAAAAAUUGAGCCGAAAAGAAGCUCAUAAGAACCUGUAACAAAGCAGGAAGAGGUUGUUUGUUUGACAGCCUCCUCCCAUUUCCUUCCCCUGCUUGCUUGGAGAAAACUCCAGAGUUGACUGCUCUAAGGGCCAAGAACAAGAACAGCCGCCUUUCCUUUCAUCCUCCUCAUUUUGUCUCCUUUUUCAAAUCAUCAUUUCUACAUGCAAUAAGGGUCCAUUUUUAUAAGUUUUUUUCUUGGAUUCAAUUUGGUGACAAUGGAAGAUGUUCGUUGGUAGAAGCCGAUUUUGAGAGCUGCUAUCAACAUACUGCUUGGAUCUCUCUGUUUGGUCCAAUGUAGAGAUUCACUGACAAAUUGUUGGUGGUGCCAUUGAAAUAUGUGGAUUAUUGGACUCUUUCUUUGGCUAUGUCUUCACGAGCUCAAUAUGAGCAUUUGGAUGAAAUUAGCUCUAAAAUGUUUGACUACAUUUUGAUGCUAUGCUUCGAGCCAAGCAGCUAAGUAAUUUUUCCAAUACUGCUAGAUCCAUAUUUUAUAAUGGGUCAAGAUGUAGUGUUGGCGAUGGGAGCUCGUGCUCAUGUGCUGAUGAUGAAAAAUGUGUUUCAAGGAGGCAGAACACUUUGGUUCGGCUUAACCCAUCAGCUGCGGUACCUUCACCUGUUGCAAGGGUAGAAUCUAUAGUCUCAAAGGAUGCUGGGAAUGCUUCUCGAAAACCUGAAAAUGUCAACGGUCCAACUUCUCGGCCACAGGUGGUCUCUCCUUCAAGUACUUUGGGGAAACCCGAUUCUGUAUGUUAUUCAACUAGUAUUAUUUCUGAUCAAACUGAUGUAAUGAAUUCUUCUGCUCCCAUAAAAGAUCAUUUAGUAAAGGUAGGUAUUGCUGCAGUAGGCUUGUUUUCGGAUAUAGUUAAUCAAAAGACUCCUUUGAAGGAUGGAAGUGAAACAGUUUUUUCAGUACAAAACUAUAUGGUUGGUCGUAGAAGGACUCGAGCAUCCAUCAAACCAUCAACCGUAAUAACUGUACAGAAAGACGAUUUUUAUGAUGUGCACGAAAAACCUUCUUCAAGUAAAGGAACUGCACCUAGUCCUUCAGUGAAAUAUCAGGGUCCUAAAGGUAAACCCGAUUGUCGUAAACCUGCAGAAACUUUUAGCUAUGAGACUAGUGACAAGGUAGGUGGUUCAGUAGGAAGUCAGAGUAUAGCAUCAGAUAAGAAAAGCUACACAGGGCCUCAGGGUUUUUCUUCGGAGAAAAAGAGUUCAAAUCAGAAACCGAAAGUUUAUACGAAUAGCUCUAAUGUGCAGGCCUCGAAAACAAAGUUUACUGGUAGAGUUCCACAGUAUAUUAAUCACUAUGCUAGAGAUUCUAAACCUCAUGUCGGAGCUGCUCCAUUUGGUAGGCAGUAUAUGAGCACCGGGCAAGUUGUCGAAAGUGUUUUGAAAAUUAUGGGGCGGCUGAAAUGGGGUCCUGAAGCAGAAGCAGCACUUGAAAAUCUCAAUUUUUCGAUGGAUGCUUAUCAAGCAAAUCAAGUUCUGAAGCAGAUUCCGGACUAUGUUGCUGCACUUGGCUUCUUCUACUGGUUGAAGCGUCGAGUUGGUUUUAAGCAUGAUGGGCAUACUUAUACGACUAUGGUGGGCAUCUUGGGUCGUGCUAAACAGUUUGAUGCAAUUAAUGUCUUGCUUGAUCAGAUGGCGGAUGAUGGAUAUGAGCCUAAUGUAGUGACCUACAACCGUCUGAUUCACAGUUACGGACGUGCAAACUAUCUCAAUGAUGCCCUUGGUGUUUUCCACCAAAUGCAGGAAGCUGGUUGCAAACCUGAUCGAGUCACCUAUUGCACGCUUAUUGACAUUCAUGCAAAAGCAGGAUUCCUCGAUUUUGCCUUGAACAUGUACCAGAAGAUGCAGGUGGCAGGUCUUUCUCCGGACACAUUCACUUACAGUGUUAUGAUCAAUUGCUUAGGAAAGGCUGGCCAUUUGGUUGCUGCCCACAAGCUGUUUCGUGAGAUGGUAGAUUUGGGUUGUAUUCCAAAUCUUGUUACAUACAACAUCAUGAUUGCCUUGCAGGCCAAGACAAGAAACUACCCUGUUGCCUUACAGUACUACCGUGACAUGAAAAACGCAGGGUAUGAACCCGAUAAAGUUACAUACAGCAUUGUGAUGGAAGUCCUUGGACAUUGUGGAUAUCUCGAAGAGGCGGAAGCAAUAUUUUUCGAGAUGAAAAGUAAGAACUGGGUCCCUGAUGAGCCAGUUUAUGGACUUCUGGUGGACUUGUGGGGCAAAGCCGGGAAUGCUGAAAAAGCUCUACAGUGGUAUCAGGCGAUGCUCCAAGCUGGUUUAUAUCCUAAUGUGCCCACUUGCAACUCUUUGCUGAGUGCUUUUCUUCGAGUUCACCGACUGUCAGAUGCUUACAAUUUGGUUUCGGGUAUGGUUAGCAUGGGACUCAAUCCUUCACUGCAAACCUAUACUUUACUUCUCAGUUGUUGCACUGAAGCCAAAUCAUCCUUCGACAUGGGCUUUUGCGGGCAACUUAUGGCCAUCACCGGCCAUCCAGCUCAUGUAUUUCUGCUGACUAUGCCAGCAUCAGGGCCUGAUGGACAAAACGUACGGGAUCACAUGGGGAAGUUCCUGGACCUGAUGCAUAGUGAAGACAGAGAAAGCAAGCGUGGACUCAUCGACGCUGUGGUGGAUUUCCUUCACAAAUCUGGCCUGAAAGAGGAAGCUGGUUCUGUAUGGGAGGUUGCAGCUAUGAAGAACGUGUACCCUGAUGCUGUGAAGGAGAAAAGCUCGUGCUGUUGGCUAAUAAACUUACACGUCAUGUCAGACGGAACUGCAGUCACUGCUCUCUCAAGAACCCUCGCCUGGUUUCGUCGCCAGUUGCUGUUAUCUGGCAACGGUCCCACCAGAAUCGAUAUCGUAACUGGAUGGGGCCGAAGGAGUCGAGUGACAGGAGCGUCUUUGGUGAGGCAAGCUGUUCAGGAGUUACUCGAUAUAUUUAGCUUUCCAUUCUUUACCGAAAAUGGAAACUCCGGGUGCUUUGUUGGAUGCGGGGAGUCCCUCAACCGAUGGCUACAACACCCUUGUGUUGAAAGGAUGCAUUUGCUUUAGCUACCAUCAUACCGGGUAGAUUGGUUGCAUUUUUGUGGAAGAUAGAUCUUUUAGUACUAUUUUGCAAUAAAAUUGAGUUGUAUUAAGCUAUGAAUACUCUGCUAGCAAAUUUUGCCGUGCAUUUUGAUGUUCUGGUACGAUCAGUUAGUCUGAUAUUAGGAUCUUGCUUUGUUCGAGUCGCAGGUUUCAUGCGGGCAUAAGAUCCGAUGAUUUGUUUUUAUAUUAAUGUAAAGCUAUAUAGAAUGAUGAAUGUAGUGAGGAAAUUUUCUGAGAUGAGUCUUCCAUUGUUCUGUAUGAAUUUUUUGAUGUUAGCAUUGAUUUUAGCUUGGCAACAAUAUUUUGCAUGCAUUUGUGACAA